CGGCGCAACCCAAACAACUUUGAACUUUUAACCCCUACAACUUUCACUAAACCACAAACACCGACUCUAGGGACCUUCGUUUAUUCCGACAACCCGCAGCCAUCAUGGCUUCAGAUUUGGGCCAGAUCGCCCAGCUGUUGGAUGCGACCCUUGAUCCCAUCAAGCACAAGAAAGCCGAGGCUGCACUCAAGCUCGAAGAAAAGAAGCCCCAGUUCUCCCUCCAACUACUCAAGAUUGUCGCAACUGAGAGUCUUGAACCCAAAAUCCGCCUUUCAGGUGCACUCUGCUUCAAAAAUUUCAUCCGGCACAAUUAUGUGGACGAGGAUCGAAACUACAAGCUACCCGUCGACGAGGUAAACACGAUAAAGCGAGAGCUUAUUGGACUCAUGAUCGCUUGCCCCGCCACCAUUCAAACACAAUUAGGAGAAGCCAUAAGUAUUAUUGCCGACUCCGACUUUUGGGAUCGAUGGGACACACUUGUUGCCGACCUUGUAUCACGAUUCACACCCAGCGACUUCAAGGUCAACAAUGGCGUGCUGGAAGUCGCACAUUCCAUCUUUGCGAGAUGGCGACCCUUGUACCGCUCUGAUGGCCUGUACACUGAGAUCAACCACGUACUCGAAACAUUUGCAUUGCCGUACCUUAAUCUUCUAAGUGCUACGGAUCACCAAAUUACUGCACAUGCCAACGACAAGGAGGCCUUGAAGAACUACUUCGAUACAUUGAGCCUACUAAUAAAGGUAUUCUAUGACCUAUCAUGCCAGGAUAUGCCGCCACAAUUCGAAUCGAACCUAGAGCAUAUCUCAACUCUGCUUCACAAAUACUUGACGUACGAGAACCCGCUUUUAGAGACCGAUGACGAUUCGGAAGCUGGCAUCAUCCAGAUAGUCAAAGCCGACAUCUGUGAGGUUUUACAGCUCUAUGUGACGAAGUUCGACGACGAUUUUGGUCGGUAUACGCAGGUAUUCAUUGGUAGUGCAUGGAACCUGCUCUCGGCCAUAGGUCAGGAAACUAAGUAUGAUAACCUCGUCAGCAAGGCCUUGCACUUUCUAACAGCAAUCGCCGCCUCUCCAACGCACUCAGCUGCAUUCAAUAGCGAGAACGUCCUAAACCAAGUUGUAGAGAAGGUUAUUAUACCUAAUGUUGCCCUGAGAGAAACCGAUAUCGAACUGUUCGAAGAUGAGCCCAUUGAGUUUAUUCGGCGUGAUCUCGAGGGAUCAGAUACGGAUUCCCGAAGAAGAGCAGCGACCGACUUCUUAAAGCAGCUUCAAGGCAACUUCGAAGAAUUGGUUACCAGUGUCGCCGGAAGAUAUGUCAACCUCUACCUAGAGCAAGGCAAGACGGAUUGGAAGCACAAGGACACAGCUAUUUCGCUAUUCUUUGCUGUCGCGGCCAAAGGUGCCGUGACCGCGGCGCACGGUGUCAGAACCGUAAAUACACAGGUUAAUGUGGUCGAGUUCUUCCAACAGCAUAUUGCGAAUGACUUAAUUUCGGAUGCUGGCAUCGAACCAAUCUCCAAGGUUGACGCUAUCAAGUACCUAUACACCUUCCGAAGUCAACUAACGAAAGAGCAAUGGCAAGCAGCGUUUCAACCCCUGGUUCAAAACCUGGGCUCAUCGAACUAUGUUGUCUAUACCUACGCCGCUAUUUGCGUAGAGAGGCUCCUCUUCUUAACUGAUGAUUCCGGCGCUCGCUUUUUCACCCGGGUUGACAUUGAACCUGUCGCAAAAGAUCUCCUGGACCACCUCUUUAAGCUCGUAGAAAAGGAGAACUCCCCGGCAAAGCUGCAAGAGAACGAGUUUCUCAUGCGCUGCAUCAUGCGGGUUCUGAUUGUCAUGAAUACCGGCAUCCUCGGCUUUGCCGAUAUGAUCCUCGAUCAUUUAGUAGCAAUCACGAAUGUCAUCAAGACUAACCCCAGCAACCCCCGCUUCUAUUACUAUCACUUCGAGGCCUUAGGUGCCGUCGUAACCUAUGGUUCAUCUGGCGGAACGGCCAAGCUUGAGGCCCGCCUAUGGGAGCCCUUCAAUCAAAUAAUCGCAGAAGAAGCGAACGAAUUCAUACCAUAUAUUUUCCAGAUCUUGGCGAAAUUGUUGGAACUGGACCCAUCUGGAGCCCUUUCCAGCCAAUUCCAAGCGCUAGUACCUCCUUUGAUGAUGCCGACGCUUUGGGAAACGAGAGGAAAUGUUCCUGCCCUCACACGACUAUUAUCCGCGAUAAUACCGAGAGCGUCUAGCUCUAUCGUCGCUGAAAACCAAGUCCAACCAAUUCUUGGCAUUUUCCAAACACUUCUUCGCAGCAAGAAAACGGAGCAGAACGCAUUUGACCUACUUGAGUCUAUCGUUCUAUCAAUUCCUAGGAAUGCUCUUGAGCCAUACUUCAAGGAGAUUUUAUCUCUCCUCUUCACAAAGCUCCAAGGCUCUCCAUCGGAAUCGUUCAAAUUACGAUUUGUACGAUUUUACCACCUGGUGUCGGCCAGAGUGGAUGCCGGUUUAGGUACUGAUUUCUUCGUCAGCCAAGUAGACCUGGUCCAGAACAACCUUUUCGUUCAAAUCUACUUAAGCAUCGUUCUUCCGACAUCAGAUUUGCUGAAUCGCCCGGUCGAUCGUAAACUUGCCGUGAUAUCCUUCGCCAAGUCGAUGGGUGACAGUGCCGCAUUUGCCCAACGUUACCAAAAGGGAUGGCGGUUUACCUGUGAGGCUAUGCUGAAGUUGUUGUUGAACGCACCUAAGGUAGCGAGCGGUGCAGGCGACGACGUGAUCAACGAGGCAGACGUGGACGACAUCGGAUUCGGCCUAGGUUUCACCGCCCUAAACACGUGCAAGAAGUCCGUUCAGGAUAUCUACCCCGAGAUCCAGGACGUCAAGGUUUGGGUUCGCCAGUAUCUGACCGACGCCAAUACUCGGCACAACGGUGCUAUCGCGAAGUACAUCAUAGAGAGACUCUCGGAUGAGGGUAAGGCGGCUAUGACAAUCUACGUGGGUUAAGUUUGGGGGGCCGGGGUUAGGUAGACGAAAAGUUCACGACAUGAUCACUUGGUGGAGGGAUGGUGGUAGGUAAGAAUAACGUCUGUGGAUCCUGGGAUCUUGAUGAAUUGGUCUCGGAGAUUUCGGUCGUAGGCUAUGUUGCUGGGUAUGAUACGAAAAAGGCUUGCGGUAAGUCAGAAGUAGAUAGUCAAUGCCAAAAUGCACCUGCAGAGUAUGAGCAUGCGGGUUUUGAGUAAAAUAAUGGCGAUUAUAUGUCCGGGGGAAAUACUAGGGUUUUAUUGGGCCACAUCGUCGGCUCUCCUUAGAUUAUGGGUGUUGAGUCUCGGAUGAAGACACUGACCAAUCGUUAUUCUGGAACGGGUUUCCUUCUUUUCCCUUUCGUCUCUACAAGUCUCUUUUAGAAGCUAUCG